UCUCAACAUUCGCUUUCGAUCAAGCAGAAUAAAUAGAGACAAUGGCUGUCAAUUACGAGGACCAAACCAUAUUGUUCGACUUCGUAGUCAAACAAGGUAACGGUGUGAAGGGACUCAUAGACUCUGGCAUGUCUUGUGUUCCACAGCCUUUUGUCCAACCACCCUCUGAGCGAAUUGCGACCCUAAACGGCCAAACAUGUGAAGCUGCACAGCCAAUCGAUCUUUCCCAGCUAGACGGUCCACACCACAAGGAGGUGGCCAAACAAAUUGUUGAAGCUGCCGAGACGCUUGGCUUCUUCCAGGUGGUGAACCAUGGUGUUUCAAUAGAGCUUCUUGAAUUGCUUAAAACGUCGGCUCAUGAGUUUUUCGCACAACCUCCUGAGAAAAAAGCGAUUUACCUAAAAGAAGUGAGUCCAAGCAAGUUAGUCAAGUACGGAACGAGCUUCGUGCCAGAGAAGGAGAAGGCCAUUGAGUGGAAGGAUUAUGUGAGCAUGCUUUACACCAAUGACCAUGAGGCUCUUCAACACUGGCCUCAACCAUGCAGAGAGGUGGCACUUGCUUUUUUGAAAUCAUCCAUGCAAAUGGUGAAAAGAGUAGUUGAAGUAUUGAUGGAGGAUGUAGGAGUGAGACUAGAAGAAGAGAGAAUGAACAGUUUGAUGGGGACCAAGAUGGUCAACAUGAACUACUACCCAACCUGUCCCAGCCCUGAGCUCACCAUAGGCGUCGGUCGUCACUCCGACAUGGGUAUGUUGACCGUUUUAUUACAAGACGGGAUUGGUGGUCUCUACGUUAGACUAGACAACGGUGACUGGGCCGAGAUCCCUCCUCUCAAUGGAGCCUUAGUCAUCAAUGUUGGCGAUACUUUGCAGAUUCUAAGCAAUGGGAAAUACAAAAGUGCGGAGCAUCGGGUUCGAACCACAAACAUCGGAUCGAGAGUCUCUGUGCCCAUUUUCACGGCACCUAAUCCCUCGGAGAAGAUCGGUCCGUUGCCGCAAGUGGUGAAGCGUGACGGGGUGGCUCGUUACAAAGAGUUGUUGUUUCAAGACUACAUGAACAACUUCUUCAGCCAGCCACACGACGGCAAGAAAUCUCUCGACUUUGCUCGUGCCGAUUGAUACUAUUAUCACUUUUACCAGUUUCUAUGUGCCAAAUUAACCAUAAUGUGUGACGUCGUUGUUUCCUUUUGUUAUCUCACAAUUAAUAAAUACUGCGUUCUUCGUGUGCACUCUAUAAAACGUGAUGCAACUUAGUGAAAUGUUCAUGCAUAUUAAGCUAAAUAGUUGGAUUUUCUAACGAAAAUUUUAAAGUGCUAGAGUCUGACCUAACUAAUGAUUAUCUCUUUCAUGAUUUUUUCUUUCGACAAUUUCUGCAAGGAUUUCCAAUUUAUAUAUCGGGAUUUUUCUUCUCAUUUAGUUCUUAUUAAUUUGAAUUACUUAUUUCCACGUUUCAUCUCGUUUUCAUGGGGUUUAGAUGUACCAUCGGGUUCUAUCUAAGGUCGUCGCAAUUUUUAGUUGACUAUAAGAGAACAAAACGACAAUUAUAUUAAAAUUACUACACCGUUUUGUCAAUGCAAAGAUGUAUGGUACAUAUAUCUGUAGAAAGUCAGAAACUGGAUGUGACAUGAAUAAUUACCGUUUCUAGUGUUUUUUUUUAAAUUUGGGGUAUCCUGUCGGAUCCCGACCUAUGUAAAAGCAUAGAUUAAUCUAUAAAGAGAGGUGCCACGGAUAAAUUUUCGGGUAUCCAAAUGUAUCGUAAGCAAUAGAUAUAGACCGUAUAGUCAUAUGUAGAGCUAGUAAUUUUACACCGGAGGAGAAUCAAUUUCUAACCUAAACUAAUAGGGUUAGACCAAGGUUUCUAGUUCCGACGUUGGACGUUUACCGAUUGUCAAAGCUCGUGUCAUUGCUUCUAUAAAGAAGAGUUUUAAAUUUUCACUCAAGCUCAAUUAAAACUCGAUAACUCGGAUUCGAUUAAUUCUAUGAUAAAUGACGUGUUUAAAUAACCUACUAGCAAUUCAAAAGGUUAGAUUUCUUGUACUCAUUAUCUUAUAUUAUUAUUGUGUAAGGUCAUAAUGUUUAUGUAGGGAAAACACCAACUGCAUUUGUAUCACACUAGCUAAUCGCAAAUCAUAUUAACUAUUCUGCUAACAGUUUUAAUUUUUUUUUUUUUGAAACACUGAACAGUCGAUAGAGAAUGGCUUGAAACGUUAUUCUUAGGCUACAACAUUUUAGAGAAUCUAGUUUUUACACGAAACAUUUUAUGAUUUGAAAGUAUAACGUAAUUCUGUCAUUUUAAAGUCAUUCCACGACAUGAUUAAAUCGAGGAUCCAUUAUGAUUAUACUAAUUACCUCGUGUCUUCCUCUAAACAAAGAAUUAUUUAUACUGUAUUCAUCAACGCAUGCUCUCAUCAUCGAUUCGUCACACUUGCAUGUAACUUUCUCUCUCUCUCUUUGUUUGGCGUUGCAUCGCAUAUAUUAUUAUAGUUAGAAAUUUCAAUGCUUCGUAUAUUUUGGAGCAUAUAUAAGAAUGUACAAAACUCUUGGGGUAUGUCGAUAGAUAUGGUUUAUAUAUACUUAAUUCAUAUAUAGCUGUUCUGGCUUACUUUUCCACGAUAAUUUUUUCGUCGUUCUAAGCAUCGUAUAAAUGAUAAAUCAGUUGCCAAAAGAGUAAAUGAUAAAAUUAAAUAUGGUUCAAAAUAGAUGGAGAGGAAGAUGUCCAACAUGAACAACUUAGGGUCAAUCAUUGAUGACUGGUUGAAUUAUUCUUUGACUUGACCAGCCGCUACGAAUUGACUAUAUCUACAAAUUUAAACAAGCGCAAGUUAUAUUCACUCAAAUUUUGAAUGUUAUCUUCCUAUAAUCGAUAUUGUGAUAUGAUUAAAUAACAAAUAUUUUCAUAUUAAAAACAUUUUUUAUCUUAAAUAUUUUUUAUUUUAAUUAUCAUUUUUUAUUCUUUAAGUGAGUGAUUAUUAAUUAUUUAGUUUUACUACUACUUUUAAUUUUAUUAAUUAUCGAUUCAAAUAAAACUAUGUAUUAAUUAAGAAUAAAAAAUAUUUUAUAUUGAUAUAUGUGAAACAUCUUAAACGACAUAUGAGAGAAACAGAUGAAAUACCAUACUAAUUAGUAAUUAUUGACUUUUGUUUUGAUUGUUCCAUAUAUUGCUACUUCUCUUUGACAUCGAACUUACUUUAAUACUGUUGAUUUAACUCUUAAUACACUCCCAAUAAACUUAGUUAAAGGUAAAUAUGCUUGUGUUGUUCCUUUACCAAAAGCCUUUCUAAGGAUGUGGUAAAGUUUUGGACAAAAAGUCAGAACCAGCAUCAUCUUGAAUAGUUUUUUCCUUUAAGGAGUUUUGUCAAGGAGCAGCGCACGUAUUAAUGGGAAACUCUUCGGUGGAGUGGAAAAUUAUGAGAGCAUUAUUAUUGACAACAAUAGAAAUAAAUUGUUAGCAUUACAUAGUGUUUUUUUUUUUUUUUGUAAACUAAAAGGGUUAAACCCAUAUCUAUUAAAGACACAGACCUACCCCGUGGAGAUACAGUUCACAGAUAGACCAUUUCCUGGGCAUUUAAAUGAGCCGAAAGCAAUAGCUCAUAUCUGUGUGGCCAGCGAGAUUCAAACCAGGGUUCGCUGUAUUGGGUUUAAUCCUUCGAACGCCACUGGACUACCACCACCACUGGUUAUUUACAUAGUGUUAAUCUCACUGCUUUCAGUCUCUUUUAAAGUCUUUAAUUGACAAUAUUUCCACACCUUUAAGCAGGCUUCUCCGAUCAAUAGAUUUAGUCCUCGUGGUUUUCAAAUAGUUACAUUUACCCCUAUCAGUUAUCAUAACCAAUGCAUUUGGCAUAAAAAAUCAUCUAAACUAUCAUCGUAUGAAAUAAACAUAUCAUUGUUUUAUUUUAGCCGAAAAACUUAUUGCUAAUAUAAGAUAUUUUUUAACUUUAGGGUUUAGUUUUAUUUUAAAAUAAUUAACUGUUGAGAUAUAUGUGUAAUUGUAGAGGUAUACGAUCAACAUGAAAAAAAUCGAUAUAGCAAACUUUAAAAUUAGUAUUUUGUCGUUUUAAAAGUGAAAAUAAAUUUGACAUAUUCAAAGUAUUAUUGUGAUGUGUUGAAAUAGAAGAGAUCCCGUUUACCUUUUUGUUAAUUAGGUCAGAUAGUUACUUUUCGUUUUAAAAUAGAUUUUAACAAUUGCUUCAUGUAUUUGUUCAAAUAAAAAAAAACAAUUGCUUCAUGUACAAAAUUAAGUUGAACUAUAACAACUAGUAAAAUAUUUUUGGAAGUGAGAAAAUAGCUGGAUGGUAAUAUUCGGUCUUCAUUAGGUGGCUUUGUCCUUGUCACUUUCGUAGAAAUGACCAAAUAGAAAAACAUAUAAAUCCUCAUGUGUUUCUCUUUUUCUUUUGUUCAUUUCUCCAAGUUAAAAUUUUGAAACAAAGCAUACAAAUCUUACCCUUGCGAGCACGACGUUGGAAUAUGGGUUAAAAUCAUGAUGAUAGAUAUCUGUUUCAAACGAAUAUAUAUUACAAAUUUUCGCAUAUAUUAAAAAUAUUAUAUUUUAAUUAUAAACACAUCAUUUUAUAUGAUUAUCUAUUUUCACAAAUUCAAAUAAAUAGAAAUUUAUUCUUUUGAAAUUUACAGUUUAUCAUUAUUAUUAUCUAACAAAAGAUCCAUAAAAUGUAAAGUAUCAGAACAUGCUUCUUUAUAAAAUAGAGGAAGUAUAUAAUUUCUUCUUGUUCGAGAAUAAUAUGCAAACAACAAUGAUGAGCCUAGAAGAAAUCUGAUAUUUGGAAGUUGAAACAAUUGAAUCUCGCCAGACAAUAUCGGAAGAGAAGUCCACAAAAACAUAAAUUAGGAUGCCAGAAGUCCUCUCCUUGGCAUUUUCCCUAUGCUCAAGUAAACGAAGGGUAAAACCGUAAAAGCAUCAUAUUGGGUCCACGUAUAAAGGGACACAACAGAGGCAUAAUGCCAAGAGACUAAUUCUAAAGUCUCAAGCUCGAAGGACUUUUACCCAGUCGGAUCAUUGAUCUAUCAACUGCUAUCAAUAAGUCAACAUGAAUGACUUGACCGAUUUUUUAUUUUUUAUGGACACACACACCACACAAACUCUCUUUAUAUAAUUUCAAGAAGAUUCUUUUGUAUGAGUCCUAAAAGCCAAAAGAGAAAAUAGUAAACCAAAGGCAUAGAGGAGAUGAUGGGAUCAUGUGACAAAAGAAGGGGAGAACAAGAAGAAGAGGAGGAACAAAAGUUAAAGCUUCCAGGGUUUAGGUUUCAUCCUACCGAUGAGGAGCUUGUAGGGUUUUAUCUCUCUAAGAAAGUACUUCUCAAGAAACCCAGCAAGAUCGAUGAGAUCAUCAGCCAUAUUGAUAUCUAUAAAUUUGACCCAUGGGAUCUUCCUCGGUUAAGGAACACAGAGAAGGAGAGUUACUUCUUCUGCAAGAGAGGAAGGAAGUACAGAAACAGCAUAAGACCUAACCGAGUGACUGGUGUUGGGGAUGGAUUUAAACCAUCCACAAAGCCCAUCGAACAAAAGGCCCAAUCCAGCAAACCGAGUUGACGUCGGCGCAGAAGCCGAUUCUCGAGGCUUCAACUUAACCAGGAAGCGCCGUUAGUCGAAGCGGAGAGCAAGCGAAGCGAGGCUGAUCGACUAAACGGCUCGGAACGAGCGCCUCAUAAUCAGGCCCGAAGGGCCGACAAAGCCCAAUCAAUAAAAAGAGAUUAGGUUAAGGUAAUCGAACAGAGUAUAAAAGGAGAGGAAAGCAAAGGAGAAAGGGGAUCGACACUUAGCUACACAAACUUAGCGGCGAGAUUAGGGUUUAUCAUCCGUACAAUCAUCUCUCUGCUAUUUGUACUUUUCCGGUUUAAGCUCUCACGAGCUCCGGCUUGCUUUUACUUUCUCCACCUUUGUAACAUCAUCUCGAAAUCUAAUAAACGCCUCUGUUCGACCCA